UAGACAGCAUGUGUUUUGAUGUGUUGUUUUAAAUCACAUGAAAAUCACAUUUUUUUUAUCGUUUGAUUUAAGUUUUUUAAAACUAAAUUAAAAGACAAUUUGUUUUUGUUUUUUUGUGUGGAUUUCAUCUACUAAUUCAAGACUAGAUUAUAUCAUUGAAGAAGUGAUUAGUAAAAGAUAACAACAAAAACAAUAAUAAUGCCAUCAAAGGCAAAGAAGUUGAAGACACCGAUAAAGUUGGAGAAGAAGAAGACGACGGCGACGACUAAUGAUGACAAUAAGGAUAAUAAACGAAAGACACCGAAACAGUUGGUGACUAAAGAAGUAGUGUCGUCGACGACGAAAAAGGUGUCAAAUGAGACACCGAAACAAUUAGAGAAAGAGUCAGCACCUCUGCCGUCGUCGUCUUCGCCGCCGCUCUCCAAGACAUAUGUGUCGACCAACAAACUCCAAGAAGCGAUUGAAACACUGAAGAAAGUAGUAGCCGUUCGCAACAACGAAGCCCUCAAAAAGGAUAAACUACCGCUAAUUGAUGACCAAAGCGACAGCCGAUUUGUACACUUGCAGAUCAACUACAAGAAGAUUAACUUAAAUAAAUCGAUUUAUAUCCAAUCGAUAAGUUUGCCGAAUCAUUGGCGACACGAAACUGCUUGUGAAACCUGUCUUAUUGUUGACGAUGUUAACAAAGAGCGGCUGAAAGACAGAGAUCUGGAUUUAGACACAACUAAACAACAUUAUAGAGAUCUAUUAGAUGCCAGUAAUGUCGGCGAAUUGAUCAGCGAAAUAUUGCCGCGUCGGGAGCUGAGCACCGAAUAUACGAUACCCGAAGCCAAACAACGUCUUUGUCGCGGAUUUGACACAUUUCUCUGUGACCGCAAACUAAUGCAAAAUAAGUUUGACUUUUUGCCACAAUUUCUCGGCAAAACUUUUUGGAUCGACUACAAGAAGGUUCCGCUUCCCGUUGACCUCAAAUCGACAACAUUGCGCGCCGAUCUCGAGGCCAAACUCAAUCAAACACACCUUUAUGUUACCGGAUUUGGGGACACUCAUUGCAUCACUAUUGGUCUAGUAAAUCAAUCGACUGACCAAUUGUUGGCUAAUUUGGUGGCCGUACUCGAGUUUGUGUCUCAAAAGUUUGGCAACAAUAUACGAUCGCUGUCCAUCAAAACUGAUAAGUCAAUGGCCAUAACUUUUUAUCUCGACUGCGGUCUUAUUAGUGACAUAUAUCUUGAACGCAAACACAGCGAUCAGUCACCGAUUGAGGACGACUUUUCGCAUUUCUUGAACGCCAAACUUAAGGUUUUCAGGUCGGGUGAUGUCAAAGUAGUAGCCAACGAUGAUGGUGUCGAUGAUGAUGAUGCUAUGGACGAGGAUAUGGUGGCCGAGAAACAAUUUUUGGCCAUCACUGAGAAGGAUGACAAACGAAAAAAGGCGUUUAAAGAGAAAAUGAAAAACAAUAAAACAUUGAAUAAUAGACAUAAGAGAAAGACAUUCAAAUUGAACGCUAAGAAGAAUAGACCAGUCAAGCGAAGACUAGGAACCAAAUCCAAUGAUAAUAACAAUACUAAUGAUAGUAAUAAUAAUAAUAAUGAAUAAAUUAUAUUAUUUU